UUUUUUCUCCCUUUUUCUUUUAAACAGCAGUUCUGUGGUGUUCUUGGUCACACAUUUAUGGAGUUUCUGAAGGGCAGUGGAGAUUACUGCCAGGCACAGCACGACCUCUAUGCAGACGAGUGAACUGUAGAGAUUCCUAACUGCUCCACCAAGAAGCCCUGGAAGAGUGGCUCACCUGGACACAGAAGUGGUGAAUUGAAAUCGUAGAGCAUUUUACAAGAGUUCUGACCUGGAUGGGGUAAACCUUAGUGCACUUCCGAUUGCCUCAGUGUUACUGGAUCGAAGGAUUGCUGCUUCUUGUUAGGAGGUUCAUUUCAUUUCCCAGUACUCCCCACACCACACUCAAAGCACUGAGAAGGUCAAGCGGAGUAUACUGAAGUAGACUUCAGUUUCUUGCAUCGUUUUUAUUCAAGUUUUAAAAUUCUUUCAUAACCCUUUUGAGUGUUUUUGUAACUAAAUUAACAUGGCUCGAAUGAACCGCCCAGCUCCUGUGGAAGUCACAUACAAGAGCAUGAGAUUCCUCAUCACACACAACCCAACCAAUGCAACCUUAAACAAGUUUAUAGAGGAACUUAAGAAAUAUGGAGUUACCACAAUAGUAAGAGUAUGCGAAGCAACAUAUGACACUACUCUUGUGGAGAAAGAAGGCAUCCAUGUUUUUGAUUGGCCUUUUGAUGAUGGUGCACCACCGUCCAAUCAGAUCGUUGAUGACUGGUUAAAUCUUGUGAAAAUUAAGUUCCGUGAAGAACCUGGUUGUUGUAUUGCUGUCCACUGUGUUGCAGGCCUUGGGAGAGCCCCAGUGCUUGUUGCUCUAGCAUUAAUUGAAGGUGGAAUGAAGUACGAAGAUGCAGUGCAGUUCAUAAGACAAAAGCGGCGUGGAGCUUUCAACAGCAAGCAACUUUUAUAUCUGGAAAAGUAUCGUCCUAAAAUGCGGCUGCGCUUUAAAGACUCCAACGGUCACAGGAACAACUGUUGCAUGCAAUAAAACUGGGGUGCCUGAUGCUACUGCCUUGGACAUGGAGCUUGAGGCGGAACCUGAUUUGUCAUACGUAUUAGCCCUUAUGUUGGCUUGGUGAAUAAGUCUAAUGAAGCUUCUGUAGGAGCGUUGAAAAGCAGUUAUACAGGCUACAUACAAGCUUGACAGAUUGCAACCUCUAUGUUUGGGUUAUGAUCAAUGUAUUUGGACAAUUACAAGAUUCUUACUGUUCAGCAUUUAAAAUGUGCUUAUCAUUUGUACCAAUUGACUUCCCUGAAAUCAUGCAGUAUUGAGUUAUGGCUUUAAGGCUAUUUCCAUGCCAGAAUCUUAAUGAUACAUAAGAAAUUUAGAAAGAUUAGGUGCCAAAAUAGCCAGCACAAUACUCUUACAUUUUUAGUAUCAUAUAGAACCAAAAUUGCAGGAACUAAGAACACUCUAGACCUGUGGUUUAUUCCUUCCGUCAUUUCAAACAUUGUAGGGCCUGUGUGGCUAUUUGCUUGCUCACUUUAUGUUUACAUCUCUCAUAUUCAUACCAAUGUACAUCAGGUUUGCUUAAACAUUGAUUGUUCUUUUCAAUUAUUACCAAGUCUUGUGAUUAUUUAAUGUCUUUCUAUAAGUUUUUUAUUUUGUGCUGUUGUAGGAAACCUCCAUUUUGAAAAUCUACAUUAUUACAGAAGCACAUGUCUUUAAUGUCUCAGACAAAAAAGCCUUACAGUUAAUUUAAUGCCUGCACCCUGAGGCGCAGACUACCAGGGAGGGCCUAAAAACAGACUAGGAGGGGGCUAUUCAAUAUUUUUAGUAAAAUGUUGCCUUUGUCUUGUGCAGAACUUGUAGAAAAUGCUCUUUACUUUAGUAAAUAUUUUUUAAAAGGUAUAGAUGCUUUGUUAUUGUAGCUAAAACAGUUCUUAAUCAUAAAAGUUCUGAAAUUCUUGUAAUUUUUUCCAUACUUAUCAGAAGUUGGUUACCAACUUAUUUUUGUUUGAGGUGUGAUUUUUUUUUUUUUUUCCCUUCCCAACCUCUUGCAAAAAAAAAAGUGGGUUUCUGCUAAUGAAUUGAGCAGACAUCUAAUAUUUUAUAUGCCUUUUGAGCUGUGUAACUUAAUAUUUGGAUACUUCACAAUUUGUUUUAUGAUGUAACUGAUAAAAUGGUGAUGUGUAUUAAUGUUAGUUCAGCCAUCUGUGUACCGUCUGGGUUUAUACCGUGUGAUUACAGUUCUGUGGGAGAAAUAAUUUGUUAGUGUUCACAGCUUGUAAAAACUUAGUGCGAGAGCUUAAACAUCUAAUAAAUAGUGAAAUGCAUUUAUCACUGAGAUUGUUUUGCUUAAAGUUAACUUAUUUUUGCAGAAAACAAAGCUAAUUGCACUUACUGCCAGUUGUUGUAAACUGUCCUUUUUUUUAAACAAAUGAAGUGUUAAAUGAAGUCAAGUCAUCACUUUAGUUUUGGGCAUAAUUUGUUAUGGUCAUAAUGUUUAGUACUAAGUUUUAUAAACUUGAUCUACACAAUUUUGAAUCAGUUUGUUGUGUACUUAGAAGAAAGUACAGAGAGAAGAGCUUGGUUUUUACAGUUCAGUGAGCCACUAAUAGUAGUUUCGUGUAACUUGUGAACCUUAGUUUUCUUUUUUGCAAGUUAAUUAUUACAUGCCUUUUUAGAGACUGACAUUAACUUGAACCUAAGUACUUGGCACAUUAAGACUAGUAAGUUUUUUUCAAUAAUCUGAAAUAUUCAUAGUUCACCUUUAUCUAAAAGGGGAAGAUGUCCUUAUCUCAUUUUUUAAAGAUAGUAGUUAUAAAUGUGAACUAAAAGUUUUAGCAACAUGAUAUUUCACGUUGGUUUAGAGAAUGUGCUUCCUAUCUUGUCAAUUUAGCACUUCUAUCCCCUUUUUAAAAUUUAGCCAGGGCAAAAGGAAAAAAAAUGUCCCUGGAGGUCCUUGAUUUUUUAAAUCUUAGAUCAUUUGUGACUAGAGUAAGUUAUUUAACCUGAGCUAUUUUUUUUUUUUAAUACAGCCCACACUUGAAUAAGAAAAAUUUGUGUAGUUGAUUACUAAGUGGUACAUUAUUACCACACAGCCGAUAGAAUAGCAUGUGUGUUUAGUGGGAGAGAAGAGGUUCCAAUAAUUAAUGAAAAUCUUUCUAAGUUUGAAAGGUUUAAUUUGCAGUAUUGGAUUGUAUAUAUGGUGCUAAAAUCACUUUAUAACCCUUAUCCUGUAUAGUAUACAACAUGGUAAGAUUUGCUUUUUAACCAGAUAUUUUGUAUCAUGUAAAUAUGGCUGAUCAUAGGAAUGCCUGUGAUACAUUCUAAAAGAUUCCAUCUGUCUAGUAAGAAUUGAAAGAAUCGGUCUUGAUAAAACUACCAGGUGGUAUUCGAAAAUUUGGCUACUGUCAAUGGGACAGUGUAAAUAGUUGCCUAGACUUUUCUGUAGGAACUGUAGUGUUGCUGAUAGAAGCAGUGUGAUUACUAAACUCUGAGAAAAUGCCAUCUGUUUUUAGUGGAAGGAGAGCCCUAGUAAUGUCACUGGUCAUUGUGCAGUGCACUGCAACCUUCGUGUGUUCCCGUCCUAGUCUCACCUUACUCCAGUGCGGCAGCCCCCUGGGUCAUGUGAUCGUCUGGUCACCUUCCCCUGCAAAGUGAUACUGUGGUUUCCCUACUUGGCUGCAGUCUCAGUCUCUAUAGAUCUAUUUUAAGUGUCAUAUUUAUCUAACAAAUAGCUGUUUGCCAGGUGAUGGAGAGCAUUGUGGAGAACAUAAAAGGGGGUCACCAGUAAGAACCCCACCUCUUGCUGGAAUAAACAGAUUGUUUUUGAUUGGAAUUUUAGGGCAUUGUAAUCUGAUGAAAAUACUUCAAAUGGAAAUAAAAGCAACAAUGUUUCCUGUACAUGUAAAUUGAAAUUCUUCUAAGUUUUUAAAUUCAUGAGGUAGCGUCAGCCAAACGUUUAUACUCCACAUUCUUGAUUUGUUGAAUUAAAUGUUUGUAGAUGUGCCUCCACCUGAUUUGAAAAUUAAAAACUUGUAUAAAAGUA